AUGCCUCGCCGUUAUCAUUAUCAUCAUUACGAGCAUCUGACAGCAACACGCUGGCUGGGCAUUAUACCAGUAAGGGGCUCAACCAAGGAGUCACUAGUUUAUCACCUGACUCCAAACCACCGCCAUUGUCCCUUGGCAAACAUCAUUAUGAUUCCUCCAGGCUCAGAUCAAACUGCACGUCGCCAGGAGCUUGGUGAUGAUCAUGAUGUUAGCCACUGCAGCUUUCAGCCACCUCCAGACUCAAAUGUCAAGAUGUCCGAGUAUGAAUGGUCACAAUGGUGGGAUGAAAUGAUGAACCUGCCGCCAGUGGCAGACUCCGGUUCAGCUCCUGCGCCAAGUCAGGUUCAUCACACCCCCACAGAGACCCCACUAGCCUUAUCCUCCGAGGAAAUUUUGGCCUUGGUCAUGAGUUUCGGUGACUCGGACGCAACUGACAGUGCCCCAGAGGCUGGAGUCACGGCAGUCCCGCAUCCAUACACCCUUGAAGUCGCUGGCAGUGAUGUUCACGCCCGCCUGUCGAAUGUUCGCUUCGACCUGCCGCUAUCAUUGGCACCAUUGUCUACGACAUCCGAGUCAUUGCCCCCAACUUCUGCGCUGUUCAGUCUUGAGAGCCUACUCAAGGUAAAAUUGAAGGCCAAAAAGGGCAUGAAACAGUCGAUGCUCGACGAUUCGUUUCUACUUUCAUCCAAGGAAAGAUCAAAAAAGGCGAUUGCCAGUCUCACUGCUGUCGUAACGGCAUUCAAUGAUCCUGAACUUACCUUGUGGUCCCGUGGGAGUGACGCCAAAAAGCACGCAGAAAAAAUUGGCGAGACUGCCAAGCACCUCAGGAAAAAGGUCAAGGAUAUAGUUCGGACGGCAGUCUUAUUUGGCUACAAUUUGGAUGAAGCCUUGGCAACCCAAACACAAGAGGAGAUAGAGCUUACCGUCAGCAACCUUCUGCAAGGUGACGCGUUCCUAUACGGAGAUAUCAAGGUGGGAGGAGAGACUAUAGUCGGCGUGCCCUUUGCGAACAGAGUAGUGCGGCAUUUUGCGCAGCACGUACUGUUCCAUCAACUUGACCUCCAGGAAUAUGUCAACCCCAGCCGAGACCUUGGGGCAUUAUUUGCUUUCAUUGGGACAUUAUUUGAGUGGGCAUUGAGGGAAUUGUCUACUGGUGUUUUCAUCCCCAGUGACUUUGACCUGUCCCGCGCCCGGGUGGCUUUCGACGAAAAGUCUCUACAAGUCAAUGAGGGGCGAUUGUGCAAAUAUGACAAUGAUGCGAAGGUUUUCACUUAUAAGUACAACAGUGGCUGGCAGUCCCAGCCCUCCAUACUUCCUGGACCAUUCAAAGAACCAUCUUCAGUGAAUGUCAAGAGGCAUUCAACACCUGCGAUAAAUGUUGCAAAAAGUCGAGCUACCACCGUUAUUGUGGAGUCAACUACAAGCCUGGCAGCAACAAAGGAACCCCAGGCAACACCAGAAACGAAACAAGAAAAUAAUGAAGAAUCAGUCAUGCAAGAUCCUGGUUUGCGCCAGCUGAUUAUCAGCAGAAUUCGGAAUGGUGGUGAUGGGCCCGAAGUUGAGGUAUGGGAAGCAGUGUGUUCCUUAUCUUUCUCAGGCUGA